AUGCGAUACAAGGCGCUCGCGGCACGGUACGCCGCCGACCCCCAGGGCGCCGCCUACCAGCAGGCGCUGGCUGAGCUGCACGAGCACGCUGCCUCCAAGCUGCUGCUGACCAUCCAGGCUAAUGGAGGCCUCUAUAUCAAGGCAGGGAGACUGCCAGGCGCCUCGGCGUGGCUCUGCCCCGCGGCCAGAUGCCAAGCUGCGGGGCAGCUGGCGGUAUCCCUCAACGCUGCCCCGCUGCAGUACCGCAAGAUCCUCGAGGCUCUUCAGGACCGGGUGCCGCCCCGCCCCUUUGAAGACGCCAACCGCGUGCUGCUGCAGGAGCUGGGGGCACCCGCGCAGGAGCUGUUUGCCGAGUUUGAGCCCCUGGCCACGGCAGCCGCCUCGCUGGCGCAGGUGCACAAAGCGCGGAUGCACGAUGGCGCGCCCGUGGCGGUGAAGGUGCAGUACCCCGGCCUGGAGUCUGCUGUGGCUGCUGACCUGGCCACCAUGCUGAUCCUGUCCGAUGCCGGCCACUGGCUGUUCCCCGCCACAAGCUGGCGCUGGCUGUUUGAGGAGCUGCAAAGGCACGCCCGGCUGGGCAGCGGCUCGCUGCAGUACGAGCUCGACUUUCGCAACGAGGCCACCAACGCCGCCAGGCUGGCAGAGUGCAUGGCGGGGCGUGCAGACGUGGCGAUGCCUCGCACCAUGCCCCAGCUCUGCUCCUCCAAGGUGCUGACCAUGGAGUGGGUGGAAGGCUGCCGAAUCACGGAUGUGGAGUGCCUGAUCCAGCAGGGCCUGCGCCCCAGGGAUGUGGGCACCCUGCUGCUGGACACCUUUGCGCAGCAGACAUACCUGGACGGCUUCACCCACGGUGACCCGCACCCCGGCAACCUGCUCGUGCGCCCGCGCCCCGACCCGCCGUCGCUGCUGGCGUGCCUGCUGCUGGGCGGCGGGCCGCGGCCCCAGCUGGUGUUGCUGGACCACGGCGUGUAUGUCACCCUGCCAGACCACCUCCGCCGCCUGUACUGCCAGCUGUGGUGCGCGAUCGCGAUGGGCGACAUGCACACCGCCCGGCUGGCCGCCACGGAGCUGGCGGGCGAGAAGGGGGGCCGCAUCCUGCCCGAAAUCCUGCGCCCGCGCAACUGGGCAAAGGUGUCCAAAGAAGAGCGGCAGCGGUUGAGGCAGGAGGCGGGCGUUGGCUCCUUUGCUGAUCUGGCGGCUGUGCUGACCGAGGCGCCCAAGCCGCUCCUGGACAGCCUGCGGCAGUCGGCGGUGGUGCGCCACUCAGGCAAGCAGCUUGCAUGGAUGCCGGCGCGCGGGCGCGCCACGCUGCUGGGCGCCACACUGGCCGACCGGCUGCGGGUGAAUGCCACCUGGGCGCUGCGAGGCAUGCUGGCAUCCAAGCCGGGCCAAGGCCCAGCGCAGUUUGUGGGCGGCCUGCAGUCGCGCCUCUCGCGCUGGCGGCUGGCACUGCAGGUGGGCCUGCUGCGACUGGCGUUUUGGGUGGCAGCAGUGGUGCAGGAUGUGACGGCGCUCGUGCUGCCGCCCUUGGCGGCCUGA